GUCGGCAUUUUGUCUGCGAGAGAGGAAUCGUCUUCGAGGCUGAGCUGGAGUUUCCGCCGCCGUUCGGCGCCGUCACCAAGGCUCAGGGAGCGAGCCAGGAUAACAUAAAGAAGCAGAGGCCGCGAUCCCCGAGCCUAGGGCCCGCACAGUCGAUAGGCUCAGGCAGGCAGGCGGGCGGGCGGGAGAGAGAGAGGGAGGGAGGGAACGCGCCGCCACUUCACGUCCCUUCAUGUCCGCUUGGUGUUGUUGUUCUGCCCGCCGCCCCUUCAGAUUGCUUCAAAUUCCGGGAGUCAGCGACUCGCAUCGACAUCAGCAUCGACAGCGGCUUCUUCCCUGAGUAUCUGGGAGAUGUGAAGUGAAGUUGACUGGGACCUAGACUGAAAUAUCUGUGCAUAGACACGAUUAUUUCUACAACUUCAGGAUGAAUGGGGAUAUGCCUCAUGUUCCCAUCACCACACUUGCUGGGAUUGCUAGCCUCACUGAUUUACUGAAUCAGCUUCCACUUCCCUCCCCACUGCCUGCUACCACCACCAAAAGCUUGCUGUUUGGAGGGAGAAUUGCUGAAGAUGUAAAUUGCCUCAUGGGUUGUAGGGACGAGAGUCUUGUCACACAGUUAGUACAUAGCCUCAGCCAAGUCUCCACGGAUCAUAUAGAACUGAAGGAUAACCUUGGCAGUGAUGACCCAGAGGGUGAUAUUCCAGUCCUCCUGCAAGCUGUCUUGGCUAGAAACCCCAAUGUCUUCAGGGAGAAAAGCAUGCAGAAUCGAUAUGGGGUACAGAGUGGUAUUAUGCAACAGCAGAUCAUCCAACACCAACAGUACAAACUACCACAGAAUUCCAUACAUGGGAGCCCUGCAUCCUCCACUUUUCAACAGUCCACUAUCUCGCACAGCCCUUCCAGUCGAUUUGUACCACCUCAGUCAAGUUCAACCAACAGAUACAUGACUCAGCAGAACAGUCCUGUACCCAGUCCGUAUGCUCCCCAGAGUCCUCCAGGUUACAUGCAAUAUCCACAGCACCCUCCAAGCUACACACAGCAUCAGCAGAUACAACAAGAGUUGCAUGGUUCCCCUCUGGUAUCAGGUCCUACGUAUUCUGGGAGUCCUCAGAGACCUGUGCAACCCUGUUUGAUAGUCCAGACUCAGCCUUCUCCUCAGCAGCAACAGUCAACCUCCACGCUAGCUGUAUCGAGCCCCAUGAUUCCCAGUGGCAUGCGAAAUAUUCACGAUAGUAAAGUGGCAAGUCAGAUGUCAGGCUCUUCAUCCAAUCACCAUACAGAUAAUUCAAGACAUGGAUCGAAUGAGGACUACAUGCACAUGGUGCAUCGACUUGGAUCAGAGGAUGGUGAUUCUUCGUUGAGGAAUGCGGCUUCCUUCCCUUUAAGGUCCCCACAAGCAGUAUGUUCUCCUGCGAGCAGCGAUGGAACUCCAAAAGCAUCCAGGCCGCCUCUGAUCUUGCAGUCGCCGCCUCCUUACACCUCUCCCAGAGAUGCCCCACCUGAUAUUCUGCUGGACUCCCCAGACAGGAUGGGAAGCAAGAAGAAAAAUAAAAAGGCUAAGCUGACCAAGGAGGAAAAAGAACAGGCAGAUAAGACUGCUAUGUAUGACAUUGUCAGCUCUCCAUCUAAGGACUGUACAAAGCUCACUUUGAGGCUGACUCGAGUUCGAGAUCAGCAGGAUGAUAUGCUCCCAAACAUGGACAGCAGUACAGAAAAUGAGGCAGAAUUGAACAGUAUGCAGUUCCCAGAACAGACUGCAAAACAGCCAGGGACUCCUAAUGAUAUCCAUGGCUCAAUGAAUGUUUCUGCUCAGUGUGUGCCUCAACAGGAGCAGGCUUUCCUUCAAGCACAGCAGGUCACUGUCUUACAACAGAAUAAUGCAGUUGGAACAGUGAAAGCAGCACAGUCACAGCCACUACAGCAACAAUCACAACAGCAGACUAUGACACCAUACGAUGAGGUAGAGUUGGAUGCUUUAGCAGAGAUUGAACGGAUAGAACGAGAGUCUGCCAUGGAGAGAGAGAGAUGUUCCAAGGAGGUACAGGAUAAAGACAAACCUUUAAAGAAACGGAAACAAGACUCAUUCCCACAAGAGACUGCUGCAGGAGGUGGUGGCACUGCAAGUGGGGGUGGUGCAAACAGACCUGCGCUGUUGGUCAGUAUUGAUCUACAACAUGCAGGAAGAACUGAUGGACAAGCUGCUCCUCCUCCAGAUUCAGAAAACGUGAAGAAGUCUUUGGAGUUGGUACGGCAGAGUACUGAUGUAUCUUUAUCACGGCAAGAAGAUACAACGGGAGUGUUAAAACCUAAGCCAGAAAAUCACCCAGAUAUCCCCAGGAGAAAAUCUGAAAACGAGGGGCAAAAAGACAACAGCCGGCCUGAUGUGAUCAAACCUAGGCCAGAAACUCCAAAACAGAAGAGUGAGAGCCGACCAGAGACACCGAAGGGAAAGCAUGACAACAGGCGAGAUGUGGCUAAACUAACACCAGAGAAGAGACUCGAAAUAUCUAAACACAAACAUGAGGGCAAAACUGAACAUACAAAAAUGAAAGCUGAGAGUAGAACAGAAACACCAAAGCCACGCCAUGAAGGACAACAGAGUUCAGGGGCUCCCAAAGAUAAGCGAGAUCUGCAUCAGGAAACCCAGAAACAGAAAUCAGAUGAGAAAAAUGAUUCUGAAAGAGGAAAAGCGGACCCAUCGAAGGUCAGGAGACCAGAUACCCCAAAAUUAAUCAAGAAUGAGUCUGAUUCUAAACCUACUCGAAAUGAGACUCCUAAAAAUAACCAGACAGACUGUUCAAAACCAGUGAAGGUAGAAAAGAAAUUACGUUCUGAUUCAGGUGACAGAGGAGAUCGAGGCGACCGAAGUGAGCGGCGUUCACCAGAAGAACAGCGCUUGCGAUCAGAGAGUCCCAGAGUCAAACAGGAUAACAGAGAUCCUGGGAAAAUGAAACCUGAAGUGAAAGAUCGAACUGCAGUGAAGCAGAGUAGAAGAUCAGACAUUCCAUCAGGAUCACUGAGUGGUAAAGACAGGGAUGACCGAAGGUCGGAGGGGAGCAAAGUGAAAACAGAGACUCCCAACCCUCUUUCUGAUAAAGAAAAAUUUCCCAGCUAUCUACUGGGGGGUGGAAGGUCCAAUGCACUAAAAAACUUCGUAAUUCCAAAAAUCAAGCGGGAUAAGGAUGGUAAUGUUUGCAAUGAGCAGAAGGAAUUGAGGAAGCCAAUGGAUAAGAAUGAAUUAAAAUUAAAGGUGGAAAAAAUGGAUCUUGUGGAGGAUCUAAAGAAAGUGAUCAAACCUGUUGUGGUUCUUCACAAACUGCCCUUUGAUGAAGUACAGAAAUUUAUUAAGGACACGGAAGACAAAAAUGCAUCAAGGAGUUCCAGCAAAUCUAAGAGCAGAUUGCCCUCCAAGUCAAGUAAAGGUGGUAUUGACCAAUCGGUGCUGAAGGAGCUUCCCCCUGACCUCCUUGCUGAGAUUGAAUCUACAAUGCCACUCUGUGAACGUGUCAAGAUGAACAAACGGAAACGCAGUACAGUGAAGGAAAAACCAAACUAUGCAGAAAUCAGCUCGGAUGAGGGUGAUAAUGACAGUGACUUUGAAUCUUCCAGGAAGAGGCACAAAAAGGAUCGAGGGGCAGAUAAAGCCUGGGAGUGUGAAGAACGUGACCGCAGGAUUCUAAAUGAAUUAAGAAGGGGCAGUUAUUCUAUCGAAGGUAGACGGAGCUCCGGAAGCAGAUAUCGGGACCGUAGCCCUGGAUCUGAGGAUGAUUCUCCCCCUCCCAGUCUCAGUGAUAUUGCCAAAAAGAUGAGGAAAAGAGAAAAACAAAAGAAGAGGAAAGCAUAUGAACCUAAGCUGACUCCUGAAGAAAUGAUGGACUCGUCAACAUUCAAACGAUUCACAGCAACAGUGGAAAAUAUCCUGGAAAACUUGGAGGAUAUGGAUUUUACUACGUUAGGUGAAGAUGAUGAGUUACCUCAGGAGUUAUUACUGGGCAAACAACAGCUGAAUGAAUUGAGCAGCGAAUCUGCCAAGAUCAAAGCUAUGGGCAUCAUGGAUCGGCUUCCAACAGAUAAGAUGGUGAAGGUGCUAAGUAUCUUGGAAAAGAACAUACAGGACGGGUCCAAGCUUUCCACUUUGUUCAACCAUGACAAUGAAACUGAAGAUGAGGAGAAGCUGUGGAGAGAACUGAUCUUGGAGAGAGUGACGAAAUCAGCUGAUGCUUGCCUGACUGCACUGAAUGUUAUGACAUCACCUAACAUGUCUAAAGCUGUGUAUAUUGAUGAUGUGAUUGAAAGAGUGAUCCAGUUCACCAAAUUCCACCUGCAAAACACACUGUACCCACAGUAUGACCCCGUCUACAGAAUCGACCCGCAUGGAUCAGUGACAUCUAAACACCAUGAGGAGAAUCGCGUUCACUCAAGGGGUGGCAGUUCAAAAGCUAAACGAGCAAAAUACUCCAGCCAUAAACAAAGAGUGAUCGUCAUGCUGUACAACAGAGUGUGCGAUAUCGUCUCGAACAUAGCAGAGCUGCUAGAGAUACAGCUCCUCACUGACACUACAAUCCUACAGGUUUCUUCCAUGGGAAUUACACCCUUUUUUGUGGAAAACGUUAGUGAGUUGCAGCUGUGCGGCAUCAAGCUAGUGACGGCUGUAUUCUCAAGGUAUGAGAAGCACAGACAGUUGAUAUUAGAAGAGAUGUUUGCUUCACUUGCAAAACUCCCAACAAGUAAGAGGAGUCUAAGAAAUUUCAGAUUAAACAGCAGUGAUAUGGACGGAGAGCCACUCUUUAUUCAGAUGGUGACGGCCUUAGUCUUGCAGCUGAUACAAUGUGUUGUACAUCUCCCAGCUGCAGAGAAGGAUUCCAACACUGUUGAUGAGGAGGGAGACAAGAAGGUUGAUCAAGAUGUUCUAAUUACCAACUCGUAUGAAACAGCAAUGAGGACGGCCCAGAACUUCCUCUCUGUCUUCCUCAAAAAGUGUGGCAGCAAACAAGGAGAAGAGGAUUACAGACCACUCUUUGAAAACUUCGUUCAGGAUCUUCUUUCCACUGUUAACAAACCAGAGUGGCCAGCAGCAGAAUUGUUGCUGAGCCUCUUGGGAAGACUACUGGUUCAUCAGUUCAGUAACAAGUCGACAGAGAUGGCUCUACGAGUAGCUUCUCUUGAUUAUUUGGGAACCGUAGCAGCACGGCUGAGGAAAGAUGCUGUAUCCUGCAAGAUGGACCGGGAAUCAAUUGAUCGGAUACUCAAACAGGUUUCGGGGAUAGAAGAUGAAGUUCAGCAGCUACAGAAAGCAUUGCUUGAUUACCUGGAUGAAAAUACAGAGACUGACCCCUCACUAAUGUUCGCUAGGAAAUUUUACAUUGCACAGUGGUUCCGUGACACUACGAUGGAGACUGAAAAAGCAAUGAAGUCACAGAAUCAGAAGGAUGACGACUCCUCAGAUGGGGCGCAGCAUGCUAAGGAAAUAGAAUCCACAGGCGAGAUUAUGCAAAGAGCAGAAAAACGCAAGAAGUUUCUUCGCUCUGUGAUCAAAACUGCCCCAGCUCAGUUUAGCACUCUGAGAAUGAACUCUGCUAAUGUGGACUAUGAAGAUGCCUGUCUGAUUGUCCGAUACUUGGCCUCUAUGAGGCCGUUUGCACAAAGCUUUGAUAUUUAUUUGACACAGAUUCUACGUGUACUAGGAGAAAGUGCGAUCGCUGUACGAACAAAGGCCAUGAAGUGUCUAUCCGAGGUAGUUGCUGUGGAUCCCAGCAUUCUUGCAAGGCUGGACAUGCAACGUGGGGUCCAUGGGCGCCUGAUGGACAAUUCCACAAGUGUGCGCGAAGCGGCUGUGGAGUUACUGGGUCGCUUUGUGUUGAGCCGACCUCAGCUCACUGAGCAGUAUUACGACAUGUUGAUCGAGAGGAUACUGGUAUGUCUGUUUCCUAGCUGCUACAGAAAGCCCAAUCUGACACACUCAAGAAAGGCAGCUGAUAUUGACACCGGUAUCAGUGUGAGAAAGAGGGUGAUCAAGAUUCUGCGCGACAUCUGCAUUGAGCAGCCAACCUUCUCUAAAGUCACCGAGAUGUGUGUGAGAAUGAUUCGCAGGGUCAAUGAUGAAGAAGGCAUUAAGAAAUUGGUAAACGAAACAUUCCAGAAACUCUGGUUCACUCCCACUCCUUCUCAUGAUGCUGAAGGGAUGACGCGAAAAAUCCUAAAUGUCACGGAUGUGGUUGCUGCAUGCAGGGAUACUGGAUACGAUUGGUUUGAGCAGCUUCUUCAGAAUUUGUUGAAGUCUGAGGAAGAUGCCUCGUACAAGCCCGUGAAGAAGGCCUGUGUGCAGAUAGUGGAUAAUCUGGUGGAGCACAUUCUGAAAUAUGAGGAAUCACUAGCAGAUUCAGAUAGUAAAGGCAUGAAUACCAACUGUCUGGUGGCCUGUCUAAUCACCUUAUACUUGUUCAGCAAAAUCCAGCCUCAUCUGAUGGUGAAACAUGCAAUGACACUUCAGCCAUAUCUUACCACAAAGUGCAAUACACAGAGUGAUUUCCUCGUUAUCUGCAAUGUGGCAAAGAUUUUGGAACUGGUGGUCCCGUUGAUGGAGCAUCCAAGUGAGACUUUCUUGGCCACUAUAGAGGAAGACCUCAUGAAACUUAUCCUCAAGCAUGGAAUGACGGUUGUUCAACACUGUGUGAGCUGCCUGGGAGCUGUAGUGAACAGAGUAACUCACAACUACAAAUUUGUGUGGGCCUGUUUCAAUAGGUAUUAUGGUGCUCUAACAAAACUGAAGGCACAGCACCAGGAGGAUUCCAGCAACACUGCUCUAGUUGGCAAUAAACCUGCCCUCCUUCGCUCCCUUUUUACUGUUGGUGCACUAUGCCGCCACUUUGACUUUGAUCAGGAGGAGUUUAAAGGCAACACUAAGGUGGUUAUUAAAGAGAAGGUGUUAGAACUUCUGCUCUACUUCACAAAACAUGAAGACGAGGAAGUUCAGACCAAAGCAAUCAUAGGGUUGGGUUUUGUAUUCAUACAGCAUCCUGAUCUAAUGUUUGAACAAGAAGUAAAGAAUUUGUAUAACAAUAUUCUUCGAGACAAAGAAGCCUCAAUCGGACUGAAAAUCCAGGUGCUGAAGAAUCUUCAGACGUAUCUCCAGGAGGAGGACUGCCGGAUGCAACAAGCUGAUAAAGAUUGGAAGAAAGUGGCAAAACAGGAAGAUCUAAAGGAGAUGGGUGAUAUUUCCUCAGGGAUGAGCAGUUCCAUCAUGCAGCUCUACCUCAAACAGGUUCUGGAAGCAUUUUUCCACACGCACUCUCCUGUGCGCCACUUUGCACUUAAUGUCAUCGCUCUGACACUAAACCAGGGCCUGGUCCACCCUGUCCAAUGUGUGCCAUACCUGAUUGCCAUCGGAACAGACCCAGAAUCUACAAUGCGCAACAAAUCAGAUCAACAGCUGGUGGAAAUAGACAAAAAGUACACAGGAUUUGUACAUAUGAAAGCAGUAGCAGGGAUGAAGAUGUCAUACCAGCUUCAACAGUCCAUCCAAUCUGAGAUAAGGGAGUUAAUUCGUGGCUUCAGGCAGGAGGAGAACGUGACAGCUUUAUGUUCACAUCUUUACACCAUGAUCCGAGGAAACCGACAACAUCGACGCGCCUUCCUCAUUGCCUUACUGAACCUAUUUGAUGACAGUGCGAAAACUGAGGUGAACCUGUUGCUGUACAUAGCGGACAACUUGGCCUGUUUCCCUUUCCAGACGCAGGAGGAGCCUCUGUUUAUUAUGCAUCACAUUGACAUCACACUUUCAGUUUCUGGAAGUAAUCUGCUGCAAUCAUUCAGGGAGUCUCUGUUGAAAGACGCACUGCCGAAAGAAAGGAAAUCCUCGAGCUCAGGAGACAGUGAGAGUGAGAGUGAAAGUGAGGAUGAGAUACAGCGACCCCGCAGGACCAGAAAACGUGUCAACUCUGACUCAAGUGAUGACGAGGAUGAUGAUCUGGAAGACGUGCUCUCUCGGUUGCCUGCAGACUCAACCCCUCUUGUGGAAUUUGUGAAUGCUUCUCAGGGAAUCCUGUUGCUAUUGGUCCUGAAACAACACCUAAAGAACCUGUACGGCUUCUCAGACAGUAAAAUCCAAAAAUAUUCUCCUUCUGAAUCUGCGAAAGUGUACGACAAAGCGGUAAACAGGAAAUCAGGAGUGCACUUUAACCCCAGGCAAACACUGGAUUUCCUGAGAAAUGGAGUAGGACAUGCGGAAAUAACAGAAACAGUGAAGAGGAAUAUCGUCAAACAGUACUUAGAUUUCAAAACGCUGAUGGAACACUUGGAUCCAGAUGAAGAGGAUGAAGAUGGGGAAGUAUCUGCCAGCACUGCAGCCCGAAAUAAGGCAAUCAAUGCACUUCUCGGAGGAAGUAGCCCAAAAAACACUGCAGAAACAGAUGAUGAAGAGAGCGAUGGGGAGGAGCGAGCAGGCGGAGGCAUUGCAGGGGCAACCAGAAGAUCUAAACGACUGUCGGACCCAGGGGAUCUGGGAGCUCAAAUGCACGAGGCUGUGGAAGUGAUGGAUGUGAUUGCUAUUUGCUGCCCUAAGUAUAAAGACAGACCACAGAUUGCCAGAGUUGUGGAAAAGACCAGCAGUGGUUUCAGCGUUCAUUGGAUGGCCGGUUCAUAUAGUGGCUCUUGGACAGAGGCUAAACGCAGAGAGGGCCGUAAGCUGGUGCCUUGGGUUGAUAGUAUCAAAGAGUCGGACAUCAUUUACAAGAAAAUUGCUCUGACAAGUGCAAAUAAGCUGACUAACAAAGUUGUUCAGACUUUACGAUCACUGUAUGCAGCAAAAGAAGGAUCUUCCUGCUAACACAACUAAAACUGCAGCCAAAUUCACAGCAGUGAGGAGAAUAAACUUGGGGCUAAAAGACCACAUUCUGACAACACUUAUAAAAAGAAUGGUUUCACGGUCUGCAAAACUCCACUGGGAUCCAGACACGGAGACAGACGACAAGAAGGAGCGAUUGUCAGAUACCAUUUUCUCGUGGGAGCUUCCUUCGCUGUUGUACAGCCGAAUCUUCUCGAUUGAUUUUAACUCCCACUGUAUUAUAGUUUAACAAAACGAAAAAUUGUUUAUAUCUUGGAAAAAGAAUUCUGUUUAAAAAUAAAAGUUAAGUGAAUGUUGGAAUUUAGUCUGUUAAUGUUCUUAAUAAAGUGUUCUUGGAGUUUAA